AAAUCGCACUUUACAACUUUUAAAAACAUUCUCAACUAUGCCUCCUAUUGCAAAAAGUAGCCAUUAUGACUAUCUUGUUAUUGGUGGAGGUAGUGGUGGUUUAGCUUCAGCCAGGCGCGCUGGUUCAUAUGGCUUUAAGGUUGGCAUAAUAGAAUCAAGCGCUUCUAUCGCUGAAGCUUUACAUGAUGCGCAACAGUAUGGUUUUGAUCUAUCAUCGAUCCCCCAGUUCAAUUGGAAUCUCCUUAAACAAAAACGUGAUGCAUACAUUAAACGCUUAAAUUCCAUUUAUGUUAAUAACCUCGCCAAGGAUAAUGUUGAAUACAUUGAAGGAAAGGCAAGUUUCAUAUCAAAAAAUGUGUUAAGAGUAGAACGUGAUGGACAAGUCGAGGAAAUAGAAGCGAAAAAAAUUCUAAUUGCCACUGGUGGUCGCCCUCACUUACCAUCUGAAAUCCCUGGUUUUGAAUUGGGAAUAACAAGUGAUGGUUUCUUUGAUCUUGAAGAACAACCUAAAAAAGUUCUUGUCGUUGGUACAGGAUACAUUGGUGUUGAACUUGCUGGAAUAUUCAACACCUUAGAGGGUAUACGCGUUCUAACGCAUGCCAGCGUAAAAUCCCUAUCACGUGAUUCGCCUGCUGGUCCCAUAAAAGUUAGCCUUACCUCAAAGGAAACAAAUGAUACGGUAGAAGAAUUUGAUACUCUUCUGUGGGCGAUUGGAAGGACUCCGAAUGUUGAUCUAAAUUUGGAUGCUAUUGGCGUUAAAUUAAAUGAUAAAGGGUAUAUUAUUAGUGAUGAAUAUCAAAAUACCACUACUGAAGAAAUAUAUGCUUUAGGUGACGUAUGCGGGGUGGCGCAGUUAACACCUGGGAGACGUUUAUCUGAUCGUCUCUUUGGUCCUCCAAAGUUUAAAGAAAGUAAACUUGAUUAUAACAAUAUUCCAACUGUCGUAUUUCAUGGUACUUGUGGAACCGUUGGCUUGACAGAGCCUGAGGCAAGAAAGAAGUUUGGAGAUGAAAAUGUCAAAACUUACACUUCUAAAUUUGUAAAUUUGUACUAUGCUAUGACUGAACAAACAUACAAACUUGUCGUAGUGGGUGAAGAAGAAAAAGUUGUUGGUGUUCACCUUGUUGGAAAAGAUUCGGCUGAAAUUGUAAUUAUACACUUACCAAUGUUUGUCGUUCCUUUAAAUAUGCCACAUGCUAUAUCGUUCGGGACCAUUCGUACAACAUUGAUUUUAUCCGAUGGUCAAUGUCCGCCAAAUGUAAUGGAUAAAAUUUUAAAUGAUAAUUUGGACUAUUUGCAACAAAUGUUGGAUGCAUAUGAUAAAAAGACUUUGGCAGCUCCACCAGCACCGGCGAGUGAUAAAGCUUUUGAUCUUACUGAAACCUCUCUCAGCAGCUUGCUUCUACUCGAUUCGUCUGUCUGUAAAAACUUAAUCCGCAGUUUCAAAGAAGAGAAUGUAACAUGGGAACAAUGGAGUAGUGAUGAACUACGAGAAAAGAUAAUUCAGCAUUAUUUCGAAGAACGAAUUAAUGUUAUUGAAAUUUUAUGUUAUCUAUUUUUCUUAGCGUUGGAUCCAGAUAAGGUAUAUCACGAAUUAGCAAUAGAAAUAAUUCAGAAUCAUUUUUUAGAUGAUACUUUUAAAGAUAGAAUAUUUGAUCAAUUUAAACGAAAAUCUCAACAAGAUGUACCUCAAAACUUUUUGGAUGCAGACUUAGCAACAUUAUGGGCCACUCAAUCUGUAAAAGAACAAAAGGUUUUAUUAGAUCUUUUGUUUCUACGAUAUGCUGUACAGUCUCCAGAUCAAUCAUCUCAUCUGUUGUUAUUAAAGUUUCUCAACCAUUCGAUUAGUACAAGAUUUUGUCGUGAUCAACCUACUGACCGAUUCCUUGAUCCAAUUGGGAAAGAAAUCGUAUCUCAAGCCCAUGACCUUAGUCAAAUUUUAGUAAUCAUAAUUCUAUUUGUUGAAUUUAAUGUUGAUAUUAUUCUGCCUUCUGCUCCUUCGCUUUUCAAACGACCUGCCUCACAACAAGAUAUCAUGGCUAUCAAUGAAGUUGCGCUAAAAAUGGGCAACGAUCAAACACAUGGAAUUUUUUUAUGGGUUUGGUCAUCAUAUUUAUCGCAUUUACAGACAUAUUUUGACGAAACAAGUUGGCCUUAUGCAUAUCAAGAACUUGAAACGAUCGUGAACAGUAUAACAAGGGAAUUUGGUGUCAAAGCGUUCAAGCUUAACGUCAUCAAGUAUAUUCAUUUUGUUCUUACCGGCUCGUGUUUUCGACCAGAAGAACCAUAUGUUACGGGUUAUAAAUUAGUAUUUAAACAUUUUUUCAUGUCUAUUUUCGAAGCUUAUGAGGUUAACCAUUUACCGAAUUAUGAAGGUCUUGUGGAAUGUUUUGCACUAGUAUUUGGAGAAUACGGCCCAUGUAAAGAAUUUUGGGAAGAGGAUUUCGACCAUCCUAAACGAAGAUCAUUAUUAGAUUUGGCAAUAGCCAGAUUUCCACAGCAAUUUGGUCCACUCAUACGAUUACUUACCGCUUUGUCGGCCAAUUCAGAUUCAGCGAAAUACGUAUUUGAGUUUUUACAAUCGUUCUCUGUAUGUUGUUAUUUGGCCAAUGACGGGCAAAUAAAUGUUGUUGAAUCUGGUCAAUAUGUGGUAUUGUCUUGCCAACCUAUUAAAAUAUUUGAUGACAUUUAUCAAAAAACAAUUACAAUUCCACAAGGUACAUAUGGUAACAUAGUCUCACUUACCAAUGGGAACAAGAUAGUUCGUUGGAAAUUCAAUUAUUCAGCUUGGCAUCUUUUUGGAAAUAUGUUGGAAUCUUUUCCUGUGACACAGAUUGACAAGUCAGAAUCUAUUUCACCGUCAUCAGGGGAUACUAUUCUUUCUAGAAUUAGAGAUAUCUUGCAACUUUUACAAACCAUUUUAACAUAUGCACCAAAUUUAGUCAAACCAUUUAUCGAACAUUUAGAAGCACGCGAAGAAACUAUCAAAUAUUAUGCCGACUUUCCAUCAAUUAUCUUUGCUGUGAUUAAACAUAGUUUUCAUCUUUUGAAUAAAAUGAAUCAUGAUGAAAUAGAAUUAAUUGCUUGUUGUUUAAGAUGUUUGAGAGCUUUGUUACCUCAUUUUGGUAAUGAAAUUUGUUCAUACCUUAAACAAUCAAAGCUUUUACCAGAAAUAGUGACAACUGGCGAAACUAUUAACUAUACUCAAUCAAUUGAUCAAUUACAAUAUCUGUUAAUGGAACGUGAAUGCAUUUUUGGCAAUUACCCAGUGACACUCGCCUUUUUAGAUCUAGUAAUUCGUAUCUUGGGUAACAUUGAGCAGGUCGAAUUGGUCCCGGAUACGGGGAGUCCUUUAGAUGUGCUUCAUUCUUGUACAUAUUACGUAUUGAACGCUAUUUUUGUUUCGUAUGAUCAUUGGCGUUACAAUAAUUCGGCGGAACAUAUUCAAGUUGGCCACAAAUGUUUGGAAAUUUUCAAUAGAAUCAUGUUGGGAUGUCCACCUGUAAAUGAAAUUCCUAAACAUACUGAUCCUAUGAUAUCUACUAAAGAAAGCCCGUUACAAAAUUCACUGCGGAAAAAUUUGUCAAAAAGUUUUUUAAAUGAUGGGGGUUUAUAUCACGCACUUCCGUUAUUUUCUAUAAUUGAAAGAGGUAAAGAACAUAGACAUUAUGUAGAGAGAGUUCCAAACUAUCAAAUGUCACAGGAUUCGACCGAAUUGCAAGAGUUGACAUUGUCAUUUCUUUUAAGACUGUUAAAGACACGAAUAAAAAGCGCUGAAGUCUCUUGGAUGGAAGUUAACUUGUUAGAAAGGUCUUCAGAAAAUAAUAAUAAUAAUAGAUUAGUUGCAGCAAUUGCAUCAUUUAUCAAACGUACUGACAACUUGAACAUCUCAAUAUUAUCCUGCGAGUUGUUGACUUUACUUUUUGAGUUAGCUAUAAAAGCGUUACCAAAAUGGACAUCGUUAGGUAGUCUUCUUGGAAGUGACUCCGAAUCAAAAAAUUUGAUAAAUAUUUUUCUACAUAGGCUUAAAACGGAGGUUCAAGCACCAACUCUUCAGGUUGCCAUCUUAAAUUUUUUCACUAUUUCGACUCACGCACAGAUUGGGCUAAUUAUUCAGGGAUCCCACAUUUUCUCUGAUGUAUUUGACCGUAAAGGCAAAUCUAAAGUUACGGAUGCUACGUCUUUUGAUUCUAUUAUUCGAAUCGUUCUCGACUUUCUACAAGAUUGGGAAAAUCUUCAGCAAGAAAAACCGUUUUUAUUACUGGCUACAAUACGAUUCCUUGAUGUAUUAUGGGAAAAUUCUCGGAACUUUGAUAAAAGUAUUUUGCAAACAUUACGGGAAGAUAAUAAGUUUUGGGACAAUUUAGCAGCAAUACUUUUUGGGGACUUGGAUACAAAAAUACAACCACAUAAAGUUUUCGAUUUAGUUCAAGAUCAUCUUAUUAGUGAUGUUAAUAAUAUGGUGGCACAAGUAUGUUGCCAUCUUAAUAUUAAAGCUCGGGUGCUGCGAAUAUUAGCGCAUGAAAUUUAUAUUCUGACAUCAUUUAAUAGUUCGAAAGAUGCCAAUGAUUUUCUCAAAGCCAUUCCUUCAGGCGGUUUGAGAACAAUUUUUGCGGAAAUUAAGGACUCAGAUAAGCUUACAACAUGGCUUAAAGAUUUUACACGUAUCGACUAUGAUUCAACAAUUCAACGUUCUCUUUAUGACAUUAGAGAACGUAGCUUUCCUUGGCUCAAAUUACAAAGACUGACCAUUGUUUGUUGGAAUGAGGAUUAUGAUUUAAGUCAUAUUUAUGGUGACAAUUACAUGUAUGAUAUUAAUUUAGCAAGGAAAUUAUUGAGCCUUCGCAAUAAUUCACCAGAUUCUGAAAGAUUAUUGCAUGCAUUAUGUAAAGAAAAUCAUCAUUGGUCCCGGAUAGAUGCGCAAGUUGUGUUGCUCAGGUCAUGGAAAUAUCUUAUGGAAGCAGCUUCUGAUAGGUUGGCUGGUGUCUUUUGGACGUUGAAAAACAAAUCCGAUGUUUCUUGGCCGAUUUUGAAAGGUAUUGCGGAACGUAUUGAAGAAGAAACGCGCGAUGGGCAUAUCAUAAUGAUGAUGAUUCGUGAUGACUUAGCUUCUUUACUGCUACGCUUAUUGGAACGAUUGUCGACUUCUGAGGAAUCCUCUAUUCUAGAUCACACUAUACAUUAUGCUGAAUUAAUCAAUCUAUUGCAUAAUGGAAUAAUGAGCGUAAUUUUUCCUAUCCGUGACUCUGUUUUAGAACGUUCUACACCGCCAUUUCAUCGACCGCUUUUACAAUCUCUAUUAUUAUGCCUUCGCGCACUUCGCAAUACUGAUAGCCUUUUAUCACGUGAUAAGUCAAUCUUACCAGGAUUUCAGUCUACUUGCCGUUCUCUCCUUACAGAAAUUAGCGCUUUGCUGGAAUCGCUUAUGAGCAGGAAAGUAAAUGAUAAUGCUAUUGAUGAAGACAUUUUGACAUUGGUCGCAAUCCUGGAAAAACUUAUACAUCCAUUAUGUAACCCGUAUCCUACUGUCUGGCUCAAGAUUCUAGAAGACCAUCAUAUAAUUCAAUUGCUUCUCAACACAUUUACCUACUCUUUAUCUUUGCCAUGGAAAGAUCGCGCAAUAUAUACCGAUAGCGUGAUGUAUUUUCUUUUAUCGCUGGCAAAUGUUCCAGUUGCAGCGAAGCAGUUGUAUCAUGAUGGAAUAAUGACAGAGUUUUGCAAUAAUAGGUUGUCGCAAGCUUUGCAAAAAGGGGAUGUUCAACCAAAUUCAAAAGAAGAUCGACAUCAAGUGUGGUGCUUUAUGUUGGCAGUGGUAACAAGUAUAUUAUGUACUAUUGAAAGUAAGGAAAAGGCCAAUUAUUUGAGAAACGUAGUAGGCUUUGUCAAUCUUUUCAAUAGUCAAAUCCUUCAUGCAAUGACGUGUGAAUUACCAAUUAACAUGCCAUAUCUAGAGGAAAUUCAACGUACAACAAUGUUAUUUCAUCAAUUGGCACUUCAUAUUGGACCACUUGGUGAAAUUGAAAUUUCUCGCUAUUAUGAAGAAUCCUUAACAACACUUUUAGCCAAGAUUAACUAUCUUUUUACUCAUCCAAAAACCACUUCUCUGAUGGUUUUACCGUUGACACCUGAUGAAAAAGAACAAUCAGCCACGCCUGUUUCGGAUGGCAUAAAGUCUGCAUUCCAAAAAGCCAUGCCACAAGUAAAUGUUACAUCUCCCGGUUCUUAUGAAAUGAACAGGUUCAUGCAACGUGUUCAGCAAAAACUUUUAAUAAUUACACGUAAUAUUUUGGCUACCUUUAUUCAUUUGGCCAAUUCUAAGGAUGUUCUUACCAUGUCUAUACCGAUAUGGUCGGAACAAUGUAUAUACUUUGAACCAUUGAUAAAAGGUUCAGAUGAUGAGCCUGCAACUAUUGCCACCUUAUUAGAAUUAAUGGACUACGGGCUAACGUUACUUGAGUUAUGGGAAUUAUCCAUUAGCUCUGAUCAAAUUGAUGAUUGGCAAUUCUGGCGUGUGACUUGGAAAACAACUACAACUUUUAUUGAAAUGACCUUUGUUUUAGCAACAUCGCAAUUGACAUCAAGCUUUUACUCUGAACCACAUAAACGAAAAGAUAUUCAAGAUUUAAUGACUGAUGUGAAAUCUCGUAUGGUCAAUGUACAACGAUUAAUAAAAAAAUUAUUAGACACUGGCGCACGAAUUAAAACGGAGGAACAAGAGUUAAAAUCAGUUGAAAUUGUUUUGCGUGGAUUACAGCAGUUUAUCUCUAAGGCAUUAG